CUUUGAACUGACCUGAACAAGCACCUCUAGAGAAAGCCAAAAUGCUGUCCACAAAGCAGACUGAACACAUCAUCGGCAGCCGAGCAAGCUACAGCCGUUCUUCCAGCUCUGAAUCUACUAGGACCACAGUUUCAAGUAUGAAGGCUGUGGAGCGAGUUAGUUCCCCAUCUUACCAAACUGUCAUCAGCACUUCCACUACUUCCACUCAGGAUAUCGACCCGCUUAUCCAAGCAAUUCGCCGAGAAGAAAAAGAACAGAUUAAGACACUCAACAAUCGUUUUGCUGGCUUCAUUAACAAGGUUCGUUACCUUGAGCAACAAAACAAAGUUUUGGAGACCAAAUGGUCUCUCUUGCAGCAGCAGGGAGGCUACAGUUCCAACAAUGAGGAUAUGUACAAGGCAUACAUCAAUGCCCUGACCCGACAGCUGGAAACCUUUAACCAAGACAAGUUACGAUUGGACAGUGAGUUGGAACAGAUGCACAAGACGGUGACUGGUCUCAAAAUCCAGUAUGAAGAUGAGAUGAAUAAUCGUGCAGGGAUGGAGAAUGAUUUUGUCACUUUGAAGAAGAGGGUCGAUGAUUCAUAUCUGACAAAACAUCAGCUUGCGGAUUCACUCGAUGGACUUAUCAGUGAGCUCGACUUCCUGAAACAGGUCUAUGAAGAGGAAAUCCACGAACUGCAUUCACAAAUCAAGGAUGUUGCUGUCACUGUUGAACUUAAUAACUACCGUGAGCUGGACCUUCAGGAACUUGUUGCUAACAUGAAGGAGCAAUACGAACUGUUGGCAUCUAAGGGUCGUAACGAGGUUCAGGCUGUGUACAAAUCCAAGUACAAUCAACUCUCCCAGUCUGCUGGAAAGUAUGAUGAUGAACUGCGUGUCCUCAAGAGUGACAUUACAGACACGGUCAGGAGAAUCACAAAAAUCAAUACUGAAGUAGAAACCCUUAAGAACCAGCGGGUUGUGUUAGAAACAGCAAUCACUGAAGCUGAAGAACGAGGAGAGCUAAGUUUGAGAAGCGUCAAGGCUAAGAUUGCUGAAAAAGAUAAUGAAAUAUUCAAGGCCAAGCAGGAAGCAGCCAAGAAAAUGCAUGAAUACCAGGAACUAAUGAACGUCAAAAUUGCUCUGGAUUUUGAAAUUCAAACCUACAGGAAAAUGCUGGAGGGAGAGGAGACCAGGAUUGGUCAGAAACCAAAGGCAAUUCUUCAUCUUAACACCACACCAAUGGUAUCAGACUUUGGAAGUUCCAGUUCAUCAUAUUCCAGAAGUUAUUCAACUGAGCACCAGGAAGUCGCAGGGAAUAUGCAAAAUUUCUCCAGUGGCUCAACUGGAAGGAAAGCAGUCAUGGUGAAAACAGUUCAGGCGGUUGAAAGAAAAACAAAUUGAAAACAGCAAAUGGUGACCAGUUUUAAACACAAUGUACCAAAUAAGAAGUAACAACACACAUAAAGAAACUUCCUUUUAAUUAUAAUAAUCAAGACAACUCAUUCUUCUCUCCAUUUCAUUAGUGUAAGUUACACAUGUGGUCAGUAUCUUCCUGGGCUAAAAUUGUUAAAUCAAUUCCAUUGCCAUUUCAUCCUGCAGGUCAUUAUGGUAAUACUGGAUAUUAAUAAUCUUUGUCAGAAUCAGAAAAAUUAAAAUGUUCCGAAAUAAUUGACCAUCAAAUUCUCUGAAUAGAAUAUUAAAUCGUAAAAAACUUACAGUGAUUGUAUCAAGGGAAGAAUGAAAAGAUAAUUAUAUUUUCACUGGGCUAUUCUUUGAUCGAAAUUCUUAUGAUUGCAUCUGAGUGUCAAUUAAAUGUAAACACUGAUGCUUCAUGUUAUAUUAACUUGCAGCUUUGCUUCAUAUAAUAAACUUCAUUCCAAUGACAAACUUCUGUUGAAUGCA